GGGGAGGGAGCAGCAUGGAUGACUCAUACUGUAUCUGCUGAUACUCUGAAUGGACACAUCACUAGAUAUAAAUGGGUGCGUGCGGGAGAGUAAAGAAUUGAAUGAGAGGUGUUUCAAAAAUGUUCUUCAAAACUAUCCGUUCAGCUGGCGGCUUAAUAGCAGGGUCCUCCGAGGUUGUCGCUAGCUGCAUAACCCAAACAUAGAAGUCUUGGCCUUAACCCAAACAUAGAAGUCUUGGCCUUAACCCCAGCACAGCCAUGGGGUAACAUUUGAGGUGGCACUGUGGUUUCAGUCCCUUAUAACUCCCCGUAUUUACAACCAGAACAGGCACACAAUAAAGUGCUUCUCCAUUCAGCCAGCUUACUUAGGGUAAUUACCCUGCGAGUUUGCUUUAGCUAAAGGUUCCUUCUCUCUGUUCUGAAUUUAGCUCGUAUUUUAAACUUUUAUUUUUAAGACGGACACACAUGGAGCUGGCACACAUAUUCGAAUUAUAUUACACCUGUUAACGCCCCCCGCGCCACCAGCACAACUCCACCAUCAUUGUUGUGACCGUAGACCGGUGUGUGUGCACACACAUACACACACACUUCCCAGUCAUAACUGAAUGACGGCAGGUCGCUAUGGAAACUGCGUUACGCUCCGGGCGGCCGGAGGAGAAAACAAGAGCGCGAGGACUCAUUUCAGUCUUCAUUUCAGCACCACGCGAGCUCCUGGACAGCGCCCGAAUUAACUCGCGCACCGAUUCUAGUCUCAUAUGCCUUAUAAGGGACAGAGCCGCAUCAGCACCAAGUCUAACCGGAGUGGGUAGGGGAAAACAAACCCACGUACAAGAGACAGAUACGCUCCGGACCCGAAGCUCGGUGGAUACUCAAGGUUUCCUUCUACUGUAAAGCCAGGAGCCAGUCGCUCCCUCAAAUGCCACAGCAACAGGGCAGCAGCAUGUCUGAAACCAAAUCCAGUCAGCGGUUCCACAGCCUGAAUGCUGAGCAGGUGGAAGUUCUCCAUCAGGUUUUGUCGGAAGUGGUUCCAAUCCACGGCCGCGGGAACUUUCCCACAUUGGAGCUGCGUCCUCGAGACAUCAUCAUAGCUGUGCGGGCUAGGCUGCAGAAGCAGGGAAUCACAGUAAGAGAUGUUCGUCUGAACGGCUCCACGGCCAGCCACGUCCUCGUCCGAGACAACGGAACAAGCUACAAGGACCUGGACAUCAUCUUUGGAGUGGAGUUGCCCAGUCAGGAGGAGUUCCAGGUGAUCAAAGAGUCAGUGCUGGGCUGCUUGCUGGACUGCCUACCUGCUGGGGUCAACAGAGAGCGGAUCAGCAGUGCUACAAUGAAGGAUGCCUACGUCCAGAAAAUGGUCAAGGUCUUCAAUGAACACGACCGCUGGAGCCUCAUCUCACUCUCAAACAACAGUGGCAAAAACCUGGAGCUCAAAUUUGUGAGCACACUGAGGCGGCAGUUUGAGUUUAGCGUUGACUCCUUCCAGAUCAUUCUGGAUCGUCUCCUGGAGUCCUACAUGCAGCAGGAGUCGCGGAAAAAUAAUACCGUUGAUCUUAAGGACCAGCCUGCAGAGAAUCAGAAUAAAGACUCUCCCUCUCUGCUCAAACAGGCCACUGCUCCAGAAACAGAGAAGUCCACUGGCAGAGACUUAUCCAGCAAUGAUGGGGCUCACAUCAGCCAGAUACAACAGAGAGAUGAGGUACAUCAAAAGGAGUCCCAGAUAGAAUUCUCACAACAAACUGAACAUUCAAACCAGACAAAACCCUCCAAAGUUGAAAAAGACAACAAAGAGAAAACACCAGCAGAGCUGAAAGAAGCAUCAGAACACAGAGAAAACGUCAAUGAGACAGACUUCUCUGACCAGACAUCUCUAAACCUUUUGUCAGAAAAGAAACAAACAUCUGAGAAAACUGAAUCACCAACUCAGAUUGAACUCAGACAUGAGCCAGAGCUCUCGGACAAGACCAAAUGCUCAACGAAGGUAGAACAGUCAGAGCAAACCCAGCCCUGUGAUGGCCAACAACCAGCACAUUCAAAUCACAAGGAACUCUCUGUCCAGAAAGAACAAUCUAACCACACGAAACCCCCUGAUGAACAGAAAGAACUCACAGAGCAGAAGGGACAGGCCGAGCCGCCAAAAACCUCAAACAAAACCAAGACAGAGUCUCUAAAUCUGGCAGAAGAAUGGCACAGUACAGACUUCUCUAAGUGUUUCAGUGAGGAUAAGAGAAGCAACGAGAAUGAUAAAACACAACAUGUGUCUGCUCCAGAGUCUAGCACAUCUUCACAUGCAAAGAUUGAGACACAGUUAGCAGAUGAAAGAAAAGUAGAAACAGAGACAAGAGAGGAAGCAGAGAGGGAAAAUGACACAGAAAUAAGUGAAAUGACGGAAGAGAUUUUAGCAUCAGAAGCAAAAAACCUAGAAGACACACAGGGUAUUGAUUGUUCCUCCUCCACCUCUUCCAUAUCUCUUACACUUCACGACACACAGCCUACUGGCACACAGGAUACACUGGAGAUGCACAGCACACUACACACAGAUAACGCACCUAACACACUUGAUGCCGUCAGCCCUCCGGAUACUCAGGAUAUUUUACCUGCACCACCCAGCCUUGUUUCUGACAAAAAGACCUCCUCGUCCCCCUCUUGUAAGGCCUCAGAUAGACUAUUUCACAUGGUGGUGCUCAAACACACCUCUCCCAAACCCCCUCGGAGGAUGUGUAGGAAGGUUACCCCCAAUCCUUACCCCAGUCCAGUCUCAGAAAGCGAACCUGUCAUAGCACUCUGUCUAGAUCCAAAUCCCUGCCCUAGCCCUGAACCUGAGAUAGCCUUUAACCAAAAGCCAACAGCUCCCAGUUCAGACCCUACAACUACCCCAACAACCAGUAUCUCUACUAAAACAAACCCUGGGCCUGAACCCAACCCUUCCAGUAACCUAGCUUCAAACCUAGACCUUACCUCAGCUCCUGAUCCAGCCCCUGAAAUAAUCUCCAUCUCUGCUGUGGAUCCCAUGCCUGCUUUACUUCAAGAGCCACUAUCCUCUGAGCAAAUCACAGAGAGUUCAUGUGAUACAAGUAUUCAGAGUCUAAAAGAAACACCAUCUACACAUGUGGCGUUUGAUAAGCAAAGUGAGUCCUCCCCUAGAGAAACUGUCCCUACACCCAAACAGUCAGAGCCUCUUGACUCAGUGGACACGUUAGUUUCACACACUGAUACGUCCGGCUCAAACACCCAAGAACCUGUACAUACCUCAGAAGUUGAGCUCAGUGAUGAAGAUGAAAACAGAGAACUACCGACCAAAAAGAUGGACUUGAAUCCGCCAAACGGCAGCCUACAAGAGACCGCACUUAGUUCACCCUCUUCUUCUCACUGUGUCACCCCUCCUGUUUCCUGUCUCACCACUCCCGUACUCAGUCUUUCCCCUCCCUGUUUUACUCCCUCACCCCCCAGCCUCAGCCCUCCCCCAUGUCUGACCCCACCCUCUCACUGCCUCCCAUCUCCGAUGCUGAGCACCAACAGCCCUGCUACCAGCUUUAGCUCUCCACCCCUGAGUUGCAGCCCUACCUCAUCCUGCCUCAGCUCACCUCCUUACCUUACCCCUCCUAUGCUUAGCCUCAGCCCUCCUCCACUCUGUUAUAGCCCCCCUUCCCCCUGCCUCAGCCCUCCCCUCCUCUGCCUCACUCCACCAGUGGAGUCAGAGGACCUUGUACCUCAGGUAUCUUCAGACAUGGAGCCUUUGAUACUGAACACAGACAGCGAGGAACAGAUUAAAGAGUCCUCCCCUCAGCCAGGAAUUCCUCUCCUACAGUUGGAGGAUAAAAAGGAACAAGAUUAUAUCUCAUCGUUGCCUCGGGUUGCAGAGCCUGUCUCUUUUCCAAUCACAAUCCCGAGCUCAACCUCACAUGUGCUGCCUCACUCUCAGUCUGGAGGCCCAGGGGAAUCUGCCCCUCCAAAAGCCGAUGAGGCAUCCAACUCUGUGCCUGAGAACAAAGAGGCCCCUAAGGUAACCACAGAAAUGCCUGAACAGAGCAACGCUCCACAGGCAUCUGGCUCGGUCCAUACUGUCGAGGUUCUGGCAGAGAGCAUGUAUGGUGACUUUGAGGCAGCCAUGGACCACCUGCGCUACCGCCUAAUCGCUACAAGGAAUCCUGAGGAGAUUCGAGGUGGUGGCUUGUUAAAAUACAGCAACCUGUUGGUCAGGGACUACCGACCGGCCAGCGAGACUCAGAUAAAGACACUGGAGCGCUACAUGUGCUCGCGCUUUUUCAUCGAUUUCCCUGAUGUGCAGGAGCAGCAGCGGAAGAUCCUGUCCUACUUGAAGAACCACUUUAUCGGCGAGGAGAGAAGCAAGUACCAGUACCUGAUGACGCUGCGUCGUGUGGUAGACGACAGCACAGUGUGUCUGAUGGGACAUGAGAGGCGUCAGACGCUGAACAUGAUCACAGUGCUAGCACUGAAGGUUCUAGGAGAGCAGAACAUUAUUCCCAACACAGACCAUGUGACAUGCUUCUACCAGCCUGCCCCAUACCUUGCCGAGCACAGUGCACCCUAUUUAGCAGAACCCAGCUACUGCAGCUACUACAUACCCCAAGGGGGAUCAACUCUGCUUUACCAACCGUAUCCCUUGCACCUGCACACACAGACUGGACUAGUCUAAAACACACACAAACACACACAUAAUUACACAAAACACACAGUCGAGCAAGGGAAAGGUGCUUGCCAUGAAGAAAGAGCUGAAGAAUGGAAAUAUAAUCCAGGGAUAAACUGUUUGGUCUAUAAUAGACCUAUGGGGGUGGGAUUGAGUGGGUUUUUACAGUAAACUCCCUGAGUACUCUGUAAGGUUCUAACAUGAUUAUAUGUAAUUAUCCGGGCUUUGUGGGAAAAUAAUAAUUCUUCCGAUAUUGUUAAAAUUCCAGAAAAUGCUGUAUGCACUGCAUGAGUCAUAGCCCUUUGGUCUCCCUGGGGAACCAACUGUGCUGUUGACAUUCACACACAUGCACGGACACACACACACACACACACACAAAACACACACUUCCAGGUUCUUGAAUUCUUGUACACUCUUUUCAUGUUCUUACUGUGUUGUUCUUAAUGGGUUUGUUCAGAAUGUGGACCUUGCCUGUGGUUGAUAUUGUGCAUGGAUAAAUUAGGACUGUUCUCUCACUGCCAAAUACUGUGUGACUACUAUGCUUCUUGAACAGUUUAAUGUAUCUUUGUUAAUCCUUUACUGAAGGGGUGUAUUCUAAAAAAUACUGAGGGACAAGUCUACCAGUGUGUACAGUACUUUCAUCCGAACACAGACAUGCAUGCACCACACAUACACACAAAGAUGUACACACAUACAUACACGCAAACAUGCAUACAGUAUACUGUAUGCACACAAAGUUAGACUGCAUGAGUAGCUAAAUAUAUAGACAUCACAUCAAAGCAAAGGCUUUUAAUUUAAUAAAAAUUGAUCUAUUUUUGCAAGACUUUCCAAGAUAAUCCUCAGUGGUAAACAGACUGGUUAGUUCCUACAGAAAAAUGCCAACAACCAUGCCUUUGCAAUAGGCUGUACAGCGUAUUGAUUACAGUUUAUCGUGUGCGGACACACUGCAUUGUUUUCAGGUAAAUUGUGUUAAGAUGUAGUGCUUGAUUCCUUUUCCUUGUGGAGUCCUUUCUGUAAUCAUGUGAAGUACUGUACCAUCUAGUGUUGAUUUAUUUAAUGCUAAAGUUUACUCUGUGGAGGUGGUCAGGUUAUAACCAUCUUUGGGUCAUCUCUAAACAUGGCAGAUGCAGAUCUGUGUAAACCGAAGGAAUUACAUUCAAAGUUGUGUGACUCCUCUCAGCAUGAAUCAGCAUCCUCUAAUUCACAGAUCAACAUGAAACAAGUUCAAAUCCACCUCAAACCUGUCUGAAUAUAAGUUCAAAGAUGUCCAACAGCAACUAUGACCAAAGAUGGUUUGGUUGGGAAAUCAAGUGCCUAAAUGUGAGACAUCAUUGGCAUGUCUUUAUCUCACUGCACUGGGGGUGUUAAUGGGGUGGGCCAGGGGCUGGGUUGGGUGUGUGUUCAGUUGUUGACCCCUGUUAUUGCUGCCUGUUUUGAUGUCUUCUUUAAUGUAGUCCUUUGUUGUAGUUUAUUCAUGUACAUUUUGAUAAAAAAAAUAAAGGGGAAACUCAACAAACCUUAA